AUGCAGCUGUUGGAUCGCAGCACAGUGGGCGAGGAGCAAGCAGAGGAUGAACCUGACAACGACUACCUCAAGGCAUUCAAGGUUGCGAAUUUCAGCUUCGUGUCAGAAGCAGAUCAAGCAGAGUGUGCCAUUUUAACGAGCUUCGUCUCAGAAGCAGAUCAAGCGGAGGUGGACGCAGAGAAGGAGCGAGAGCUGGAGCGCGAAAGGCAGCGAGAACAGGAGCUAGCAGAGGAAGGGAAACGCUUAGAUGCAGCAGGGAGAGCCGCCUACUGGGAGUCAUUGCUGAAAGACCGAUACGAGGCCGAGCAGAUCGAGUCGUUUCUGGAGCUUGGUAAGGGGAGGCGGGCGAGGCGGCAUGUGGAUUAUACGGUUGAUGGGGAGGAGGAGGGGGAGCAGGUGGGGGGUAAGAAGGGGGAGAGAGGGGGGAAGGGUGACAAAGGGGGGGAAGGAGAGGGGGAUGAGGCAUAUGAUGAGGAUGGGGAGGAGGACGACGGGGAGGAUGGGGAGAGUGAUGUGGAGCUUGAGGAGGAGAGUACGGGGAGGGGGAGGAAGAGGAAGGUUAGGUACAGAAAGCCGGUUCCAGCUACCUCUCCUGGUGCUGCUGUGGGAGGGGCGGGAGGAGGGGGGAGUGCGGGGGAAGUGAGGAGGAAGGUGUGGCCGUUGAUGGAGGGGGCAUGGCCGCACACCAAGGUGCUGGGAUUCACAUCCAAGCAGCGCAUGACCUUCCAGCAACUCAUCAUGCGGUUCGGGAUCGGUGAUUUCAGCUGGAAGGAGUUCGUGCCUCGACUCAAGCCACGCACUCUGCAGGAGAUUAAAGAACAGAGUGCCCAGGGAGGUGCUAAUCCGCCUGGCCCUGCUGCACCUCAUUCCCCUCUCCCUUCCCCUCUCCCUUCCCCUCUCCCUUCCCCUGUCCCUUCCCCUCUCCCUUCCCCUGUCCCUUCCCCUCUCCCUUCCCCUCUCCCUUCCCCUCUCCCUUCCCCUCUCCCUUCGCCUCUCCCUUCCCCUCUCCCUUCCCCUCUCCCUUCCCCCAUCCCUACCCUCCACUCCCCUUCUCCUCACUCCCCACCUCCUUCGUCCUUACCUUUCCACCAGACCCCUUCCGGCCCUCUGCUGGCGCGCCCCCCCCGCUGA